AUGUUAGCGGUGGGGGCGAUGGAGGGCACCCGGCAGAGCGCGUUCCUGCUCAGCAGCCCGCCCCUGGCCGCCCUGCACAGCAUGGCCGAGAUGAAGACCCCGCUGUACCCCGCCGCCUACGCCCCGCUGCCCGCCGGGCCCCCGUCUUCUUCGUCCUCGUCGUCCUCCUCGUCGUCGCCCUCCCCGCCGCUGGGCACCCACAACCCGGCCGGCUUGAAGCCCCCCGCCGCAGCAGCCGGGGGGCUCUCGUCCCUGAGCAGCCCCCCGCAGCAGCUCUCCGCCGCCACCCCGCACGGCAUCAACGACAUCCUGAGCCGGCCCUCGAUGCCCCUGGCCUCGGGCGCCGCCUUGCCCUCCGCCUCGCCCUCCGGCUCGUCCUCCUCGUCCUCCUCCUCGUCCUCCUCCGCUUCCUCGGCAUCGGCGGCCGCGGCCGCAGCUGCAGCAGCCGCGGCCGCCGCUUCGUCCCCCGCGGGGUUGCUGGCCGGCCUGCCCCGCUUCAGUAGCCUCAGCCCGCCGCCGCCGCCCCCGGGGCUCUACUUCAGCCCCAGCGCCGCCGCCGUGGCCGCCGUGGGCCGCUACCCCAAGCCGCUGGCCGAGCUGCCCGGGCGGACGCCCAUCUUCUGGCCGGGCGUGAUGCAGAGCCCGCCCUGGAGGGACGCGCGCCUGGCCUGCUCCCCGCAUCAAGGAUCCAUUUUGUUGGACAAAGACGGAAAGAGAAAGCACACGAGACCCACCUUCUCGGGUCAGCAGAUCUUCGCCCUGGAAAAGACGUUUGAACAAACGAAGUAUUUGGCGGGGCCGGAGAGGGCUCGCUUGGCCUAUUCGCUAGGGAUGACGGAGAGUCAGGUCAAGGUCUGGUUCCAGAACCGCCGGACCAAGUGGAGAAAGAAGCACGCGGCCGAGAUGGCCACCGCCAAGAAGAAGCAGGACUCGGAGACCGAGCGGCUCAAGGGGGCGUCGGAGAACGAGGAGGACGACGACGACUACAACAAGCCCCUGGACCCCAACUCGGACGACGAGAAGAUCACGCAGCUGCUCAAGAAGCACAAGUCGGGCGGCGGCAGCGCGCUGCUGCUGCACGCGGCCGAGACCGACGCCUCGUCGUGAGCCCCGCUGCCGGACAAGGCCAAGGACUCCGGC